AUGAACUGUUUCAGAGGUAUUCUCUCCACCGUGUUGUUAAUCACGUUUCUGCUUUUCUUACAUAUCGAGUCGUCGUCGGUCGUCGCGGAGGAUGAUGUCCAGUGCUUGCGAGGUCUUCAGAAAUCGACCCACGAACCAGGAUCGACGCUCUCUACGUGGAAUUUUUCCAACACUACUAUAGGUUUCAUCUGCAGCUUCUUCGGUGUUACUUGCUGGAACGAUCAGGAGAAUCGUGUAAUUACGCUCACACUUCGUGACGCUGGACUCGCCGGAUCAGUUCCUUCGGAUUUACAGUUCUGUCGGAGCUUACAGAACCUGGAUCUCUCCGGUAAUAAUCUUACUGGCUCUAUUCCUAGCGAAAUUUGUACCUGGUUGCCUUAUUUGGUUAGCUUAGAUUUGUCAAACAACGACUUCACCGGAGAAAUUCCGGCGAGUCUCGGUAAUUGUUCGUUUCUCAACAGUAUCGUUCUCUCGGGAAAUAAGUUGUCUGGUAGUAUACCAGUUCAGUUCUCCAGUUUAGGCAGGUUGAACAGGUUUUCAGUUGCCGACAAUGAUCUUUCUGGUUCUAUUCCACCGGGGUUGUCCAAUUUUGACUCCUCGAAUUUUGAUGGGAAUAAUGGACUCUGUGGUAAGCCUCUUACAAAGUGUGGUAGUCUUAGCAAAAAGAACCUUGUAAUCAUCAUUGCAGCCGGUGUUCUUGGAGCAGUGGGGUCAUUACUGUUAGGGUUUGGGCUAUGGUGGUGGUGCUCUACUAAAUCAAUGAGGAAGAGAAAGAAUGGUAUUGAUAGAGAUGAUGAUAGCAACAGCUGGGCUGAUAGGUUAAGAGCCUACAGGCUUGUUCAGGUUUCUUUGUUUCAAAAACCACUUGUGAAGGUUAAAGUCGUUGAUUUGAUGAUUGCAACAAACAAUUUCAGUAGAGAGAAUGUGAUAAUAUCAACCAAAACAGGAACAACUUACAAAGCCAUUCUCUCAGAUGGCUCUGCACUUGCAAUCAAGAGGCUUAACACAUGUAAGCUUCACGAGAGACAAUUCCGAUUGGAGAUGAACAGAUUAGGUCAACUUAGACACCCUAAUCUAACUCCUUUAUUAGGUUACUGCAUAGUUGAAGAAGAGAAACUCCUGGUUUACAAAUACAUGUCCAAUGGAACUUUAUCAUCAGCAUUGCAUAAAAACGGGAGCUUGUUAGAUUGGCCUACAAGGUUUAGAAUUGCUUCAAGUGCAGCAAGAGGUCUAGCUUGGCUUCACCAUGGUUGUCGCCCUGCAAUUUUGCUUCAAAAUUUCACCUCUGAUGUUAUAUUCCUUGAUGAAGAUUAUGAUGCAAGAAUUGUGGAUUUUGGAUUGGCUAGACUUCUAACCUCAUCUUCUGAUCAAACAAAUGAGAAUGACUUGUGUAAUGAGUAUGGAUCUGAGAAAGGUGAUACUUAUGGUUUUGGUGUUGUCCUCAUGGAAUUAGCAACAGGGCAGAAACCCCUUGAAGUCAUUACGUCUGAAGAAGGGUAUAAAGGUAAUUUAGUCGAUUGGGUGAACAAACACUCGAGCUCAGGACGAAUCAAGGACACCAUAGACAAGAAUCUUGUUGGCAGAGGUCAUGAUGAUGAGAUUCUUCAAGUUCUUAAAAUUGCAGGUGAUUGUGUUGCUUCUGAACCUCAAGUGAGAUUGUCAAUGUAUCGAGUUUCUGAAAUGUUGAGUAAGAUAUCUCAAGAACCAGGUUUGUCUCAACAUUAUGAUGAGUUUCCACUUCUUUUUAACACACAUGACAUGGAUGCGAUUGUUUGA